AUGGCACGUGGUCAUCACAGUGAUGAGCUUGGGCCCCUGAACAAGCUCAGGGCAAAGGAUGACCACAAACUCAGCACUAAGGAAUUAGAAGACAAGUAUGGAAUAAACAUCGUCCAAGGUCUCACUAGCACAAGAGUUGCAGAAUUCUUGGCUCAAGAUGGCCCCAAUGUCCUUACUCCACCCAAAGAAACUCCAGAAAUCAUCAAAUUCCUCAAACAAAUGGUGGGUGGAUUCUCCAGCCUUUUGUGGGCAGGAGCUAUCCUGUGUUUCAUUGUAUAUCUGAUUGAGUUUUCAGAGGACAAGUCUGCUUCCAUGGACAACGUCUAUUUAGGUGUUGUGCUCAUCGUGGUGGUCAUCCUCACUGGGAUCUUUACUUAUUACCAAGAGGCAAAGAGCACCAACAUCAUUGCCAGUUUCACUAAAAUGAUUCCUCGGAAAGCUUUUGUCAUCAGAGAUGGAGAAAAGAGGGAGAUCCCUGCAGAGCAGCUGGUUGUAGGAGAUAUUGUAGAGAUUAAGGGUAGAGACCAGAUUCCUGCCGAUAUCAGGAUCUUGGCCUCACAGGGAUGUAAGGUAAAUAAUUCAUCUCUUACUGGGGAAUCAGAACCUCAGUCUUGUUCUUGUGAUCUUACUCAUGAAAAUCCCUUGGAGACGAAGAACAUUGGCUUUUACUCUACAACCUGCCUGGAAGGCAUAGCAACUGGAAUGGUCAUCAGCACAGGUGACCGCACCAUCAUUGGAAGAAUUGCUUCACUGGCUUCAUCUGUUGGGCAUGAGAAGACACCAAUUGCCAUUGAAAUUAAGCACUUUGUCCAUACUCUAGUAGGGGUAGCAAUUUCUAUUGGUAUCAUGUUCUUCAUCAUUUCAAUAUGCAUGAAACAGUGGGUCCUAGAUGCUGUCAUCUUCCUCAUUGGUAUCAUUUUGGCCAAUGUACCAGAGGGUCUGGUGGCUGCUGUCACAGUGACUCUGUCCCUGACAGCAAAACAGAUGGUCAAGAAGAACAGUCUGCUGAAGAACCUGAAAGCAGUGGAAACUCUGGGCUCCACCUCCAUCAUCUGCUCUGACAAGAUUGGGACCUUAACACAAAACAGAAUGACUGUGGCCCAUCUGUGGUUUGACAACCAAGUUUAUCAGGCUGAUACAAGUGAAGAUCAGAAAGACCAGAUAUUUGACCAAAGUUCUGCAACCUGGGCCUCCUUAUCCAAGAUUGUAACACUGUGCAAGCGAGCUGAGUUUGCACCAAGACAGGAAAGUGUCCCCAUCAUGAAGAAAGUAGUGAUGGGAGAUGCUUCAGAAGGGGCCCUCCUGAAGUUCUCAUAAGUCAUCAUGGGUGAUGUGAUAGAAAGAAGAAAAAGAAACAGAAAAGUGACCUAAAUCCCUUCUAACUCCUUCAACAAAUUCCAGCUGUCCAUUCAUGAGACAGAAGACCCCGAUGACAAGCGCUUCCUCUUGGUGAUGAAAGGAGCCCCCUAGAGGAUCCUGGAGAAAUGCAGUACCAUCAUGAUCCAUGGCCAGGAGCAACCUCUUGAUGAAAGCACAGCAGCGGCCUUCCAGACGGCAUACAUGGAGCUGGGGGGCUUAGGGGAGAGAGUGCUGGGUGUUGGUGGUCACAAGGAAGAUGGGCUCCUUUUCCACAGUGAUUGCUCUCCUCAAAUAUGGCAGCAGGGAUCCAGGUUAGACCUCCAGCUGGGGAUCAGUGACCUCUGUUCUCAUAAUUGCAGCCUCAUCUCACAUGUGCAGCCUUGUAAGCGCUCGUUAGCAGAAGCAGCUCAAGUGAAUUUAAUAAAGCGAAGAGCCCUAGUACGACUAAUUUCCUUCCGCUUCCAGUGA